UGUGCUCACUACGGUUUAAGAUUCUCCAAAUUCAUUCACCUCUCUCUCUUUCUCUCAUUCACCACCACCUAUAAAUCCCUCCCACCUCUCUGUCUUGUUCAGAUCAUCACACCUCGCAUCUCUCGCUCCUCAACCUUCAUGGAUUUCGAAUUUCAAGAAUCCGACAUAGUUUUCAGUGAUCAAGACCAAGCAAUAACAGAUCGGAGCAGCGGCGAAGACGAGCAUGACUGCUACAGUCCUUACAAUAGGAUGAUGGUGCGGAUUCAAGACAAGUCAUGUGCGCAGGGCAAAUCGAAAAGGAAGAAGGCCAAGGAAAAGAAAAUGACGAAUUCGCCGCCGGUCGAUAUCCCGGAAACUUUCAUCCGGUCCCCCGAAUCUGAUUACACGUUCGAGGAGGGGGACGACGCGGGGGAGGUCGUGCCGCCACACCUGAUCAUCGGGCAGCGCGUGGCCGCAAGGAUGGCGUCCUCGGUGUGCUUUAGCCAUGGGAGGACGCUCAAGGGGAGAUAUUUGAGUGAAGUGCGGGAUUCAAUUCUUAGAAUGACCGGCUUUUUGGAGUCAUGAGAAGGUCUCUUUUGGAGACUUCAUUAUUGUUAUCUAGCACACAAAAAAGGGCAAAAAACAAGGGAAGGAAAAUGUCAAGAAAAUGAAAAUGUCCUCUUUUUUUUUUCAUCUCCAUUUUUUUUUUUUUUUUAUGUCUUCUGAGUUUCUUUUCAGAACUUCAUUCAACGUAACGGACUGCGGAAUUCAGCAUUU